AUGGCUGCGGUAUCGCCGGUCGAACAGCUGUCAAACGAUCUUCUCUCCGCUAUCCUCCAUCGCGUCGGCCGAUCCGGCCAGUUCCAGCACGCGCUUGUGCGCAAGAAAUGGCAUCGCAUCGCCCGUAGCGUGCACGACCACAUCCAGAUUCGCGAAGAGCGUCGCAUGCGUCCUCGCGAGCUGCUCGCACUACUCUCGUCAUUCCCAAGGCUCCGAAAACUCGUCCUCGCCGUCGGCAGCAUCACAUCCGUCCCUGACUCCCUCCUCUCGGGGAUUGCCGACACGUGUCCAGAUCUGACGGACCUCCACGUCGAUUCGAUGGAACGAGAGUGCCGGCAGGGGGGGUUCACUGAGAACGCAUUCUCGGAUCUCCUGGAGAAGUGCACGCGGCUGGAGGGACUUCAUCUUCAUUGUCAGUCGAAACUGACCGCCAUUCCCGCGUCAAUCGGCGGCCUUUCGUCACUCAAGAGCCUGCACAUCACCGACAGGGGGGGAAUCGCUCGCCUUCCAGACGCGUUCACCUCGUUACAGGCACUCGCGCAUCUCGUGAUUGAAAUGCGCAGCCUGGUUGAACUGCCUCAGGGCUUCGGCAAUCUGAGGCGGCUCAAGACGCUCCGCCUGAACGACUGCAUGCAUCUCACUUCCAUUCCCAAUCCUUUGGGGCAGCUUACUGGCUUGAUGCAACUUUCCUUCAGCGGGUUCGAGAGGCUUCAGCUGCCCGAAUCCAUUUCCAAUCUUUCAUCGCUACUGACCCUCGAAAUUUUCAACGGCCUCAUCCUUUCACCGCUGCCCGAGGGGUUCGGGAACCUGCCGGCGCUUGAAACCCUACGUUUGGAGGAUGUGGGGGGGAGCACAGAUCUGCCCGAGAGUAUUGGGCAGCUGCUUUCUCUAACGGACCUUAUCCUCGUGUCCCGAACACUCCAGCAUCUGCCUGACGACCUCGCUCUUCUGCCACGCCUACGCACGCUCAAGCUAUACGUUGGAACUGCCGUGCACCUGCGUCCCUCCACAUACCUUGCCACCACACUCAAAGACCUCACCAUUGAAAACUCUGCAACUCUACAUUCUCUGCCCGAGGAAUUCGGGCAGUUGACUGCCCUAGAGGCCCUACGCCUGGUUGACCUUUCUGAGCUCCACAGCCUGCCCGCGUCGCUUGGCAGCUUGACGAGCCUCAAGGAGCUGAAAAUAUCCCGUUGCCCUGCGCUGGCACAGCUUCCAGACGGCCUGAGCCUGCUGUCUUCUCUCGAGCAGCUGGACAUCAGUCACUGCUGCGAGCUGACAGCACUACCGCAGGGCAUGGGGAAUGGCCUGCAUCGCCUGCUCAGACUGAUUCUAGUCCAAUGCACAGCUCUCGCCCACCUCCCUCCAUCCUUCUCUGGCCUCUCCUCACUCGAAACCCUAGAAAUCAGUGGCGCAACCAGCCUAGGCACGCUACCAGACGUGUUUUCCCACUUGACAAACCUUAAGGAGCUCUCUUUUUACUGCUUGCCGCACCUGUCCGCCCUGCCUCCCUCCCUCCCUGCCAUCGGCCGUUCUCUCACCAAGCUCGAGCUGCUCGAUUGCCCGCAAAUCACAGCGCUGCCAGAGGAAAUCGGACGGCUGGGAGCGCUUGAAAGACUCACGCUCUACAGUCUACCCAACCUGAAGUCGCUCCCUCGCUCGCUGUGUCAGCUGCUGCAUUUGAAAAAACUGCAGUUGAAAUACUGCAACGCGCUACAGUCACUGUUCGGGGAGGAAAACCAGGGAGCCGCAUCACAUGGCCGUGGGGCGGGAAGCACCCGCCUCGAGGUACCUGGUCACACGGGUAGCAGCAAUGCCGCUGGCAGCUGUUUGGGAUCCGAGGAGAGUGGCAUGGGUGUGUCACUCCCAUCCCUCAAGGUUCUUCAAGUAUGGGGCCUUCCAGUGCAGCUGCUCGCGCCAUCACUGGGUUACUUCUCAUCCGUAACCUUCUUGGGUAUCUCGCAAAUGGAUCCACUACGGUGCCUUCCAGAUUCCAUCGCUUGCCUCUCUCUCUUGCAGACACUCUCGAUCAACUAUACCAACAGCCUGCUUGCUCUGCCAGAGUCAAUACGAAAGCUGUCAGUCCUCACUUCCCUCAAUCUUGAUGGUCUCGCGAGCUUGACGGAGCUGCCUGAGUCGCUCGGGCAGCUAAAGAAGCUUCAGGUUCUUAGAAUUGAACAAUGCUGGAGCCUAACCAGGCUGCCCGAGUCCUUCGGCGAUCUCUGUAGUCUGGAGGAGUGUCAUUUGAAGGAUGUUGGAAUCUCGAGCCUUCCAGAUGACUUCUGGAAGCUCUCUGCUUUGAAGGAACUCUCGCUCUCGUCACUGCCCAAACUCCGCAGCCUGCCCGAAUCUUUUGCCCAGCUGCCCGCGCUGGAGAAGUUGGAAGUGAUCGACUGCAAGCGGCUGUCUCAGUUACCCUCAGGCCUUGGGCAGAUGCUGAAGCUGCAGGGAUGCAUUGUCUCUAGCUUCCACCGGCGGGAGCCAAAUUUAAGGUUCGUGGUUCACGCAGCGAACCUGGACGAGGGAGAGCGUGUGGUGGAUGACUCGCAGGAGGAGGGCGAGGAUGAGGAGGAUGGGGAGGAUGAGGAGGAGGGCGAGGAUGAGGAGGAGGGGGAAGAGGAGGAGGGGGGGGAGGAUGAAGGGGAAGUCGGGACAGCUGAGGCGGAUGAGGGGCGUGAAGGCGAAAGGAGUGGAAGGGAGGGAAGAGAGGGGAACGAAGGGGAGGGGAGCGAAGGGGACGGGGAUGAAGGGGAGGGGAACAAAAGGGAGGGGAGAGAAGGGGAGGGGAGCAAAGGGGAGGGGAACGAAGGGAAUGGGGGCGAGAGGGAGGGGAGCUAA